AUAUCCUAGAGCACUAAUUACUUACAUGGAGUAAUUAGGAAUAUAGCGAGGAGCGUUUUGUAGCUUUCUCCAACCCGCUGAGAAUAACUUGCCUGUCUUAGCGGAAAAAAAAACAUGAAGAACUAUUUUGUUUUAGUAGCUAUUGCCGCAAUCUUCUGUGGUGCUAAGGGAGGCCUUCUAGAUGAUGAAGCGAAAAUUCUUACUGAUUUCAAACAGAAAUACAACAACAGUCAGUCCGACAUAAUUUUCCUUAUGGAUGUUUCUGGCAGUGUGAGUAACUACGGCUUCACAUCCGAGAAGAUGUUCGUCGAAAACAUGCUGAACGAGUUCAGCGUGGCCCCUUACUCCACACGUGUAGCAGUUAUCACGUUCGGGGCGCAAGUAAAAACCGACAUCAACUACAUUGACAUCGACCCAACAUCAACAACACAUCAAAAAUGUGAAUUUAAGCCUAGGUUUGAAUAUAACGUUGUCCAUCGCCAUGGAUAUGCCACAAACAUGAGAGACGCCUUUCAGCGAAGCUCGGACCUUUUACAAACCGCUAUUAACAACAACCAUCGGAGAAGUAGCAUCCAUACAGUGGCCAUAAUGAUCACGGAUGGAUACUGGAACAUGGGAGACCCUAGGGCCAAUGCCAACACACUGAAGAGUACGUAUGGUGUAGAUGUUAUUACUGUCGGGGUUGACGGCUACAGUCAAUGGCAGCUCGAGGCACUAGCAACUUCAAAAGACCAUGUCCUCAAAUACGCAACCUUCACGAAGUUCAGGGAACUUGCAUUGUACAUUCGGGGAGAUGCUCACGACAAGACAUUUAUGGAAGUGGCCAGCAGCACGUGUAACUCGGGAAAUGGCUGUGAUUCAGAGGCUUUCUGUGCCUGCGGAACAGUCAGCGCGGUGUACCAAUGCGUCUGCAAGCAAGGCCAUUAUGGCGCUGGGAUUCCGGGAUACUGUUAUCCUUGUCUUCGAGGAACCUACAAACAAUGGGCUACCCCGAGUCAGUGUCUACCAUGCCCAGCCCAUUCCACCACGGACUCCACAGGCAGCAUUCUGAAAAGCCAAUGUAAAUGCUUUCAAGGUUACGAAGGAGAUCCUUCAAAAGACAUUGCUUGCACAGCUGUUCAAUGCGAGCAACUUAGUGCACCUUCCAAUGGCUUCUUUAAGGCAGCCUGUGAUAAAGUAUACAAUAGUGUUUGUGAAUUUGAUUGCAAUACUGGUUACAAUCUGGUGGGCUCAAGUUCGCGCAGAUGUCAGAGCGACAAGACUUGGAGUGGCACGGCAGUACAAUGCAACAUUAUCACUUGCUCACCUCUGCCACUACAAGCUCAUGGCACCAAGACUUGCUCUGGAAAUGGAUAUGAGUACGGUAAUACUUGUAACUUUGCAUGUGAUGUGGGAUACGAACGGAGUGGAAGCGCUACGAGAACUUGUCAAGCCGACGGACAAUGGUCAGGAACGCAAACAACUUGUGAAGCUCGCAAGUGUCCAGCGCUACGACAACUGGCUUUUGGUUCGACAGAACCAGUGGAAUGCGUGCAAACACCACAGGUCUACCAACAAGGAUGCAUCUUGAGAUGUUACACUGGUUAUGUUAUGGUAGGAGACAGUCCAUUGACUUGUGGUGCAGAUGGCAAUUGGAUUGGAACCUUUCCCGUCUGUGAAGACCAGCAGCCUCCAACCAUUACUUGUCCGCCAGACUCAAGUAAUGGCACAGAUCCCGAGCGUCCAACUAGGACAGUAGCCUGGAACGACCCUGUUGUUAGUGACAAUUCAAUGUUGCACGACCCCAAUGCUGCCCCGACGGUUGUCAGAUCUCCGAGUCACAUCACAUCUCCCUACGACUUUCCCGUCGGCGUAACUCGCAUUACCUAUACUGCCACCGACCGGAGCAAUCACUCUAGUUCAUGCGUUUUCACAGUCACUGUUGUUGACAACGAGCCUCCUAUUCUCUACUGUCCACAAAACCAAGAGGUCAAGAAACAGAGUGACAACCCAACCAUUAAAGUCUACUGGCAACCUCCGACAUACAGAGACAAUUCCGGCCAGCCGGUCACCAUUUUCACUGAGUCCAUUAACGGUUCUGAUUUUAGAACUGGAUCGUAUACGAUUCAAUACGAAGCUACAGAUCAAGUGGGAAAUAAAGCGACGUGUACUUUUGUCAUCGUCGUUUCUUCUGUCAAAUGCAAACCCUAUGAUCCACCAAUCAACGGACUGAUUUCGUGCUCAGAGAUUUUUGGCGGAGAAUCGUGCACUCCUCAGUGUACUAGCACAAAAGAAUUUGCACGAAUUCCCGCACAAUUUUACGUCUGUCAGCCGACUGGUACUUGGUACGUCUGGGAUAUCCGUCCGACCGUGUCACAGGAAAUGCCAUGGCCAGACUGCACAGAGGAGUACGUUCCUGGCGCAGCACGUAAGGGCAUGGAGUGGCAAUAUUUUGUUGGAGACUGUUCGGAUCCCGCGGUACAGCUGCAAGCCAAGAAUAAUUUCAUUAUUGGAUUUAACGAAGUCUUUGGAGCGGGCGAUCCCGAGUUUUGCCAAAAGGAAAAAAUCUGUGAACUGGAUAAUAUCGUAAUCACUUGUGGCAAGACCCAAAGAAGAAAGCGACGAAAUGCGCAAUCUGUCAUUACCAUCACAUUGGAUGUGUCGGUUAUUACACAAAACGAUGACUUUGCUCAAGCCAAGAGCUCGUUGGAGGGUAACGUGACUGUUGCAAAGGGCGCUCCAACAAUGAAAACUAUCCAAGUUUCCAACUCAGAGACCAUGAGUUUGAACACCGUAUAUGAAACCCCUACUAUUGGCGUGUGCGUCGAUGGAAGCGUUUAUGGACUUAACCAGGACGUGGGUCACAGUCAGAAAUGCCAAAACUGUCCAUCUGGAACAUUCUUUGACACCGUCUCUGGAAACUGCACGGAUUGCCCACUAAAUCAGUACAACGGUGGCACUGGUAAAGUAGGCCAGUGCACAGUUUGUCCAGAGAAGACCUAUACUAUUGCUGUGGGCAGCAAAAACAUUACGCAAUGUUUAGCUGCGUGUCAAGCGGGCGAAUUUUCACCAACCGGUCUCGCCAAUUGUGAACCGUGCCCCGUCAAUACUUACCAGUCUCUUUUACGCCAAACCUCGUGUAUUCAAUGUCCCGGAUCAUCGGUAACCUUAGGAGAAGGCACCAAAUCAAUCAGUGGAUGUGGAAUGCCGUGUGCCCCAGGAACAUAUUCUCAGACCGGCGUGGAACCCUGCCUUCCCUGCGCUCGAGGAACGUAUCAGUCGGCAAAGAAGCAAACAUCCUGCCUACGCUGCGAUGGUAGCAAAUCAACUUACGGAGAGGGCGCCUCGUCUACGAGCCAGUGUGUCGACAUCGCGAGUUGCGCAUCAAACCCCUGCAACAACGACGCCGUGUGCGUUGAGGACGCAGAUGGCUACAAAUGCGUGUGCCAGCCAGGAUUUACUGGACCUAACUGCGAGAUAGAUGAGGAUGAAUGUGUAUCAAGCCCGUGUGCUAAAGGAGCAACCUGUGUUGAUAAGGUGAAUGGGUAUGUUUGCUUGUGCCCACCAGACUAUAGUGGGAUACAUUGUGACGUAAAAACGAGCAGCUGCAACAGUAACAAGUGUGCUAGUGGCUCAACCUGCGUCAAUUCACCAGAUGGACACGACUGCGUUUGUCCCGACGGAUACGAAGGGCAGUUCUGUGAGACUAAAAUCAACGACUGUAAAACUUCACCUUGCCUUAAUGGUGGAACAUGUUUGAACGAGGUCCAAGCAUUCAGGUGCGUCUGCAAGACAGGUUUCAGCGGUAAUCUGUGCGAAAAGAAAGACAACGCCUGUCUCCCAGACUCCUGCCUGAACGGCGCAACUUGCCAGGAAACUAGUUAUGGUCACGAAUGUAGUUGUGCGGCAGGUUUUGAAGGCUCAACAUGCGAAAUCAACAUCAAUGAAUGCUCCAGCACGCCUUGCCAGAACAACGGACUCUGUGUCGACCAGACGAAUGGCUAUAAAUGCUACUGUAAGCCUUCCUUUAAAGGCACAAACUGCGAGACAGAAAUUUCCACUGAUUUUGACAUGGAGUUUAAUAGAGAACUGGGUCGAGGAACGUCCAUUGUGGAGAUGCGUCAAGAGUUAAGAGCAGUUACUGUGGCUUUCUGGAUGAAGGUUGCUCAGAACCAGCUAGAUCCGGGAACGCCCAUCUCGUACGCUGUACAAGAAGGAGCCACCGUUCAGGACAAUGCCUUUGUAAUUCACGACUACAAUGGGUUUAACAUUUGGGUCAAUGGACAAAAGGCUGCGACAAACGUAGCGGCAAAUGAUGGCCAGUGGCAUCACAUGGCAUUCACAUGGCUGAGUUCAACAGGAGCGUGGAAAGUGUACAAGGACGGAAGCAAAGUCAGAGAAAACAAUGUUGCCAACGAUGUAUUUCAAAAGGGGCAGGUCAUUGCAUCGGGAGGAUUCUACGUCCUUGGACAAGAACAAGAUGAACUUGCUGCAAACUUUAGCGCCAAUGAAGCGUUCAUUGGUCAAAUGAGCCAGCUGAAUAUUUGGAGUUACGAGCUUCCUGCUUCAGAUAUCGCUGACAUGGGAAGACAUGCUGAAAACUUUAUUGGAAAUGUUAUUGGAUGGUCUGACUUCUACGAUCCUGCAGAUGCCGGUAUAAAGAAGAUUGAACCGUCCGUGGCGCGAACUGAGAACAAAUGUUGGACGAACUGGCUAAACAAAGACUCCCCAGGAACUGGUGAUGGAGAUGCGGAAACUCGUGCGGGCGCCUGCGCGGGACCGGGUUUUUACGAUUGUCAGGAUAUUGAAGGAAGAUCGAUGCCUGACCUUGAGCUGAAUUUGACAAGCACGUGCUCAGAUAGUGGAAUCACGUGUUUGAAUAGCGAUCAAAGAACGGGAAGAAGCUGUCCUGAUUUUAAAGUUCGUUAUGUUUGCACGUGCCCAGCAAACAGCGCUUGUAGCAGUAACCCAUGUGGAGCCCAUGGCACAUGCGUGACUCUUCCAGUUGGUUACAAGUGUACCUGCAACAAAGGAUACGAAGGUCGUCAUUGCGACACAGCGUUGAAGUGUCCGUGCCCAGGUAAAAUAGCGCAUGGCAAAUACGGUGGUAGCCGAGCUCUUGGGGGCAAGAUGACUAUAUACUGUGACUCUGGAUAUGAGGCUAGCUCAACAGCAACCCUGAACUGUGUUGAUGGAAAAUGGGAUGCGCCUGUUCCACAAUGCAUAGACGUAGAUGAAUGUAGCACAGGGAAAGCAAACUGCGGACAGACAUGCAUCAACACUGAUGGAGGUUAUAAAUGUGACUGUCAGGCGGGAUAUUCAGUCAAUAACGACGGAACCUGUUCAGACAUCGACGAAUGCAGCUCGAACAACGGAAACUGCCAGCAAAGUUGUCAUAACAGUGUGGGUAGCUACCGCUGUACCUGUGCAUCAGGGUACACAUUAAUGGCGGAUGGUCGAUCUUGUGCGGAUGACGACGAGUGUUCCAGUAAUAGCGGAUUAGGACCCUGCGAACAGAUUUGUGUGAACACGCUCUUAGGACAUGAGUGUCUGUGCCGACCAGGGUAUAACCUAAACGGUGAUGGAAAAACGUGUUCAGCGAGUUCUUGCCCAGCGAUUGCGAGUUUCAGCAAUGGAAAACUUGAUCCUGCCAGCCCCGCAACAACCGUAGACAGCAGUGUGAAAUUUGAGUGUAACGUGGGUUACAUCCUAAGAGGAGCUUCUGCAAGAACUUGUUUGGCUGAUGGUACCUGGUCUGGCAAAGAGCCUCGUUGUGAUUUGGUAAACUGCAUCAUUCCUGGUGAACUGCAAGACGGAACACGAAGCACUGCAGCGAAUUCUUACAACACUGUUGUGACUUACGCGUGUAAUUCCGGAUUCAGUUUAGUUGGAUUAGCAACAAGGACUUGUCAGGCUGAUGGGACCUGGAGCGGAGAGCAUCCUCGCUGCAUAGCUGCUGACUGCCCCGAGCCCGCAGUGCCGACUAAUGGUAAGCUGAUUGGCCUUCAAAGGAAAAAUGGUGACACGAUCAGAUAUGAAUGUGAUGUUGGUUAUAAGAUGGUUGGACAAUCUUACGCCAUUUGUCAAGGAGGGGCUUGGAACUCGCCUACGCCUUCAUGUAACUUGGUCAAUUGCGGUGCUCCUCCGGCAAUAGCAAAUGGACAAAUAUCUGGUUCAGACUACUCGUAUGAUGCCAAAGUAACAUACUCGUGCAAUGCCGCAAACUUCAAGCUGUCGGGAUCACAAGAGAGAACAUGUCAGGCCGAUGGCACAUGGAGUGGAACUCAACCUGCUUGUCUUGAGAAUUCCUGUGGCAAUCCGGGUACACCUGCAAAUGGAAUCAAGGUCGGUGAGAGCUACAAGUACCACGAUGUUGUUUCCUUCCAGUGCAAUGAGGGGUACAAUCUUAUUGGCUCCAGCACCAGAACGUGUCAAACAGACAAUAACUGGGACGGAACACAACCAACUUGCCAACUUGUCGACUGCGGCGAUCCCGGCACCCCUGCAAAUGGGGAGAGACUAGGAUCAGAUUUCACUUAUGGAAAGACUAUCGUCUACGACUGUAACCCAGGCUACCAGCUGUCUGGUUCGAGGGAACGAACGUGCCAACUGGACGGAAAAUGGUCGGGGUCUAUAGCCACUUGCGUUGUGUCAUCUUGCGGAGCCAGUCUUGUUGGUCCCUCUGGCAGCUUCAGCUCUCCAAACAACCCAAACAGCUAUCCCGAUAAUGCUUACUGCCGCUGGAAGAUUAGUGUGCCGUCUGGAAAGAAGGUCAUGGUCACAUUCAACUCCUUCAAGACACAGAAGGACAAGGACAUUGUGGAGAUCUAUGAUGGCGUCUCCCAACAGCUCAUAACCAAAUUAUCUGGAGUUCACACCAAGGCGAUUGCCUUCACAUCUGAAAAUAAUGCGAUUGAUAUUCGGUUUAUCUCUGACGGUAGUGAGAGUUCGGAAGGAUUUUCUGCAUCGUACACUCAAGUCACCUGCGGUGGUAUCCUUACUGAUCUGGAACAAACCGUGAUGUCACCCAACUAUCCCAGUAACUAUCCCAACAGUAUCACGUGCGUGUGGUCCCUCAACAUUGGCAAAGCCUUCCAGCUUGAGUUCGACGCAUUCCACACCGACCCGGGCUAUGAUCUCCUGAGGGGAUUCUCGUCACUAAGCUCCUUUACCCGUAAGUAAAAUACCGACCCCAGUAUCACGGAGGGUGGAAAUAAGGGUGAUAUGGUGAGAGAAAAGGGAGGUGUAAAAUACGAGAAUAUGGGAACUAGCUGAGAUGGAGUGCUUUAAAGAUGACGGCAAAGAAAU